ACACCGACCAAGAGGAGGUGGAGUGUGUGUGAGCGUCUGUGUGAAUAAAUAAGUAAAAAGCAGACCCAGUGAGACACUCGGGUGAAACAGUGUGAACGAGAGGCUGAGCCCAGAGCAGAGGAGACAGGAGCACAUAGGGAAGAAGGAGGAGGGUGAGAAAGUCAAAGAGAGAAAAAGAGGAGAGAAGAAAGCGAGAGGGAGACGUCAGAGCGUGGAACAGGUUCCUUCUGCAGCCCUCGCACUCAGCCGCCGCAGACAUGUCUAACUUUGCCGGCACCUGGAAGAUGAAGAGGAGUGAGAAAUUUGAUGAACUUCUCAAAGCCCUGGGGGUGAACGCCAUGCUGAGGAAGGUGGCUGUGGCGGCGGCCUCCAACCCUCACGUGGAGAUCCGUCAGGACGGUGAUCAGUUCUACAUCAAAACCUCCACCACUGUGCGCACCACAGAGAUCAACUUCCACAUUGGCCAGGAGUUUAACGAGGAGACGGUGGAUGGAAGGAAGUGCAAGAGUCUCGCAACCUGGGAGUCAGAAACCAAGAUCCACUGUCAGCAGACUCUUGUGGACGGCGAUGGCCCCAAAACAUUCUGGACCCGAGAGCUGAACGGAGACGAGCUCACACUAACUUUCGGGGCCGAUGACGUAGUGUGCACACGGGUUUACGCACGUGGAUGAAGCUCUGCAACCUUCAUCAGGACGAGGCAGAAGCCCAGUUGGACCACAGCUUGUUUAAAGCCCAACCACCCUCUGUCAGGCUAACCCAUUUGCAAAGUAUCCUGUGUAAUCUCCAGGCAUCAGCCUGCUAUAGUCUCCACAUAAAAUAGCAAUGUCUCAGUAAGCUGUUUAUCUGUAGUGAGUAUUGUGUCUGCAGUACCGUAGCUGGAUAGCUCAGUGUUCAUAUCGGCAACCCCUGGUGUCAGCUCUUUA